AUGCGCAGCUGUAUCAUAGCCCUGAUCCUUCAGAGCGUCAGUCUCUCUGUGGCAGUCCUUAAGAGUUAUCAAAGGCCUCACAUACCGGAGGAACAGAAAAACUUUAAUUGUGAUGGAAGAGUCUAUGGCUACGGUGAAAUAAAUAGAAAGAGAAUAUACCGAGUAAAUAUUGGCCGUAACAAAUUUGAACCCAGCGAAAGAGUGAACUUUGAUGAAUUGGCCAUGAGGCAAGACAUCAAUACAGGAUUCAUAUAUCAAGGUAAAUCUAAGGACACCAAACAUAAUCUCCAAAGUUUUUAUUCCGAGUCUAAUAACCUCGCAGGUUUCGAAAACGUUCAGGACUUCCUCGUUUAUGACCAUAAAGGGCGAGCCUGUGCCUUCAUCACCCUAAUUACAAAGUAUGCACACAAAAUUCAAUUCUCAGACGGUUCUUGGGAUCAGCCUUCUUCACGAUAUGAGUUCUGCCACCUGCAGUAA